UGUUAGGCAAGAAAAAAUUUAUUUUUAACGAUACCUUCUUGGUGUCGCUUGCUCUGAUUUAAAAGUUACAUUUUGAAUAAUUUUAAAUAUUUUUCAAACGGACAGUGCGUGGUGUGGUUGAAGUUUCGCGUCUGCACGUGCUUGAGAACGAAAGUUUGUAAAGAAAAAUGUGCGAGUACAUGGACAUAUAUAUCUUUCACAAGAAUUACAUUGAAAGAUUAUUCGAGUAUAAAUGCAUCCUGGGCGAACCGAGAAGAGUAAUGCCUCCGAAUAUUCGUGCAGAAUGGGCUUACGACUUGGAAACCGUUAUGGAAGAGGCUGGUUGGGAAGCUUUAUGGAAGGUAUCCCGUUCCAGGUGCGCAGCUUUUCGCAUUCCCUAUCCGUUAAUAGUCCUCGUCAAGGUAUUAGGGAUGGAUUUCCCCAAGUUAAACGCCCUGGUGAAAAUUAAGGCUGUUCUGGAUGAAGAUAUUCAUUUGCCUGAAGAACAUGAAGUACCAUUAAUUGAACUAUAUCCCACACUCAAUCAAAAAAAUAAAACUUUGGAUAUAGAAGGCACUGCACAUUGCAUAGAUCGAGUUCGGUUUUUCUAUCAUUAUUUAUGGAUGCCGUGGGAUGAGGAUGAAGAUGACGAUACUAUUUGGGUGAAGCAGCACUUAGAAUCAAGGCUCAAGUUGUAUUAUGAUAUGAGAGAGAAAGUUAUUAAUGAAGAAACAUGUGAAAUUAUUAGAUCGUUAAUUAGAGAGGCAAGGGAUGUAAAGAAAAGGAUUUCAGAAUAUGAAGCUAUGUUGCCCGAAGAUCUGCACGAAGAGGAAACACCUGAAGAUUUAAUAGAAGAAACGUGCGAAUUGAUGAAGCUUCAUUUUCGGCUUCGGCAAAUUAAAGCAGAAAUGGAUAUUCUAGAAAAUCCUUCAUUGAGAAAGUUACUUGGGCAACAAUCCUCUAAAAGAAAAGAAAAGCACAGAGAUUUCAAGGAUAAGAAAAAUAUAUAUUACUUUGUGUGGCUUGGUGGUACCGUGAAACGAUUGCAGGAACUUUUUAUUAAAAUUCAAACAAUGUUACCUGAAGAUACAUUUAUGAAAAUUUCUGGAUGUCUUAGUGAUGCUUUGGAUAUAGUUGAAAUAGGUGAUACUAUUUUAUUAAGUGAAGGACAUCAUUUUGUCAAGUAUUAUAAUGAAUUACAAAAAGGAGGCUCAAUUAUAGGAAUUUGCAAUAUAGAAGAUAUUGUUCUCUAUCCAACAGAAUCAGAACUAUCAUCAGCUUUAUUUGAUUUUUCUGGCACAGAGGUCUUGUUGAAAAAUAUCUGUAUUGAUUUGGGAAAGCUUCACGAAGGCAUAAUUGUCAGAAAAGAUUGUACUGUCAUUAUAACUGAUUGUAGAAUACGUGUUUCUGAUAUUCCAAGUAAUACCAUUCCAAGUAAAUGGGGUGUAACUGUUAUGCCAGGAGGAAAGUUAGUAUUUGAGAACACGGUUUUCCAAGGAUUAGGAAUUGCUGUAACUAUUUUUCCGACCGGUGAAGUUACCAUGAAUAAAUGCAGUUUUGAAGACUGUUGUGAGGGUAUACGGCUCAAUGAUAAUGUUACUUUUACUGCCACCGAAUGUUCCUUUAAGAAUAUUAAACAUGGGCAUGCUCUAGUGAUGGAAACUGAAAAAGUAACCAGUCCAAAAAUCGUAAAACUAAAAAGUGAAUUGACUGAUACAUCUUUAAAUAAAGUAGUUUUAAAUGAAUGUAAAUUUCCCAAUGAUGAUGAGGAAAUUGUUACAUUAAGACCAAAAAGCAUUGCAGCUUUCGCGCGUACUUUUGCUCAGGACGAAGAAACAAAAGAGAACGUCCCCCCGAAAGAAAAUUCCGAACAAUGAAUUCUGUAUUAUUUAUUAUAAAUUAAUCAUUGUCUCUUUGAUCCAAAGUGCUUGAUCUCUCGAUGUACAUUUGCAUAAA